CCGCCCAUCUUCUCUCACUUUCUCCGCAGCAGUCGGCUCUCCUGCGGUCUCCACAAACAGAACUGUUUUCUUCAAAAGUGUUCUUCCCCUUUCCAGCUGCAAAUAUGGCUCAAAUCAACACCUGCCUUAAACGAACCUUCACCAUCUUCAAUAUCUUCUUCGCGAUUGUUGGCGGCGUCAUCAUCAGCCUCACUCUGCUGGCUCAGUUCUCCACCAGCUUUCAAGAAGGAGGAAAUCUGGAGGGUCGGGUCAAUGGCCUGUUCGGCCUCUAUAUCGUGGGCGCCAUCAUCAUGGUGCUGGCUAUCCUGGGAGCCUACGGAGCCCACAAGGAGAGCAGAGUUGCCCUGAUUGUGUUCCUGGUGUGUAUGGUCCUUGGAUGUCUGGUGAUGUUCAGAUAUGCAGUCCCAGUCGCCGUCAUGCGUCCACAGGUUGAAGGUAUGAUGGAGGAUAAGUUCCGGAACUAUCUGCCUUUGGAUGAACACUCAGAGGAUGUGAAGAACAUGGCUGACAACCUCCAGAAAACUUUUCACUGCUGUGGUCUGUUCAGCUACAAUGACUGGAAGAACAUUCCUGAAUCCUGUAAGUGCAACCUGGAGGAGGAGGAAGAGGGCAAGUGUCAGACUGUUGGCUACAGAUAUUUAAUGGAGAGAUCAACAUCCGUCUACACCCAAACCUGCUUCCCCAUAAUAAUGCACUACUUCCUGCUGGCUUUUGACAUCGUACUCGGAGUCGUCUUCACUCUGGCUAUUCUGGCACUGCUCGGCAUGAUUCUGUCGUCGGUCAUGAUCCACCAGAUGCGUCACCCCAACAGGCCCCCCAUCCUGCUCACAGUUUCCACCGUCUUCUCCACAUCGCCACCAAAAUACGAGGAGCUGUACAACCCUCCACCAUAUUAGACACAGAACGAUGCACACUUCCUUUAUUGCUAGCAGGAAGUUCCAGCAGUCCUGUUAGUUUUGUUUUUCUUGAAUUUUAACGUGAAAUAUUGAGUUUGAGGUUUGUGUCCAAAGUGCCUUACAGCUCUGUAAGGAGUUCUGACUUGUGGCUCCUUUAAGAGCAGUGAAAACAUGAUUAUUUUUUUUUAAGGAGCCUGAAAAAUGCCACAACUUUUUUGAUACAUAAACAUUGUUCUUAUGCUACUGUUUAUUUAUCUUAUAUGUUCUUGCUUUCAAGUUAAGAAAUGUUUUCUAUUUUCCAAGAUUUGACAUAUGGCUUUCAUUUAGAAUCAAGUUUUAUCAGAAAUCAUUAUUUUCGUCACAUGUUAAGAGUUCAGAGGUUCAUCACAUGAAAAAAGAAAAGGGAUGUGAAAGUGAAGCUCAAAUCUCUCCAAAAGAGACCUGGUACAAACAGCACUACUAAGAAUUAAAAGUUUAAUUAUUUGGAUUCAAAGUUUAAAUACUGAGGUUUAAAUGUGUUUUCUAUAUAUAUAUAUUUCCAAUACUUUUAUCUUAUUUUUAUUUUUAAAAGUCUUGCUAAAACUUUAGAACUUUUAUAAAAUGUUUUAGGGAAAAAAAGCUCCUCCCAUUUUUAAGAAGAAAAUGAGGGUUAUGCAGUCAGUGGCAUUCAAGCAUGGAUUCAAAAGAAAACUCACACAUGCCAACAACUCAUUUUGGCCUGAAGUCGCUUUGAAAAAAGCUGCAGCCGGUAACAAUCAUUGUGGUUUUUUUGGUAAAGCAAAUUUUUUUUUAAACAGUGUGGACUCCUUGAUCUUAAUCCACUCAUAGUUUUUGCACACACACACACACACACACACACACACACACACACACACACACACACACACACACACACACACACACACACACACGAAAAAGAAAUCUAUAAAUCUUUGAAAUGCCAUCUGCUGGUGAAUGUUCCCGCGUUCUUUCAUCUCGGCACCAUUACGUGUAGUUAAAAGAAAAGCACAUUUCCUCUCUGGCCACAUUAUUACUGUUUGAAAACUGAGCACUGUUGAUGUAAAAAACAAAAAACAGCGUUUUAAAUAUUUAGAAAGGGAAUCUUUUGUUCUACUUUUUCUUGUGGGUCUCUUGUUUUUGCCAUGUUUGAUUUUUCUGAUGUAAACAUCGACGACUUACAAAAAUAAAAGGUGAUAAAAGA